AUGAAUCCUCCCGCCGGCCGGCCUGAGCUCUGCCAGCCGCAUCGAGCUCUCCCGCCGGUGCCGGAAAGCGCGAGCACCACCGCGGGUGGGACCCGCCGGGGACGCGGAACGCCGUCCGAUUUACCAUCGUGCGGCGAAAAAGCACCCACUCCCCGCUGCCGCAAUACCCUCCGCGACGCGCCUCCGCCUGACGCCGCCUGCUCGGUCGGGCGCUGCUCGACUGCUCGACUGGUUCGGAGGCGGGCGGGCUCACGCCGGCCCCGCGCUGGCGCUGACAAAGUGGCGAGCCGGAGAUUCAGAGUCGCGGACCCGACGAGCGCCCGCCCCGAAAUCGGCGCCUGCUCUUGCCGGUGCCAAGAAAUGUGGGUCCGCUUUCGCUCUUCGGAUCCGCACCUACGAGACGGCCGAACUCGAUCCCCGAGCUGCGGAUGGAUCGAAGUCUCCCCUUGCACUCGAGAGUUCUGCCCUUUUCGUUCCGUUCUUUCUUUGGCCAGCUGCGCACCGCAAAGGACCACGGCGGACCACGGUUCCAAGACAUGUUCUGUAGGCCGUGUGACUACAGGGCUGCUUUUCGGAAUUGAUGACCACGCGCAAGAGAGUUCCGCUGAUUUGGACGAUUUAUCCUUGAGGACGAAUUUUCAGCUAGAGGCGUCGUUAGAUUCGCCUUGCUAGUGAUCGAGUCAAUGCUCUCACAUGCUGCCAUUUGGCACUUGUCUCUUUCGUCUCCCUUGGUCGUUUAGGGAUUUCCUGGACUCGAAUUCGGUUUGUUCAUUGUUGUUUGCUCUCUGGACAUGGGGCUGCAACUGAGUCACUGGGAAUUUCACGAUGCUCAUUGGUUCCAGUGCUAGUCCAACAAAGACCAGGCGAAUGCAAAGGAUGCAUUAUACUGGUCUGGAUCUUCAGAGCUCUGGCGGAAGAGAAGCGUGCACAUUAUGUUCAACAUCACUCGAUUCUUCUCAUCUCCUAUGCACACUUUGAUUUUGAUUCUCCUACCUUCCUCCUUACCAACGAAGGGUGGACCAAAUACUUUACAAAAAAGGACUCUUUCCAAGCUUUUCACGCUGUCUUCUGUUCAGAAUUGUCGACCGCGCAACUUCUCGUCCGCUUUUCAUGCGUAUCCUUUCAACUACGAAAUCCGCGCUCCUCACAAAUCCGUCCAAAUCGACACUCGACGUAGAAUGCCCUUUCGGCCUCUAACCUCCGCGUGUUCUUUUCCUUUAAGAAAAUAGGUUAAACAUUUCGCAGUUUCAAUAAGAUUGGGAACAUGUGCGGGAAUAUGUUUCCCUGACAGACUUCGGGGAAAAGAGAAGGCGCCUUUUUGCCACCGGGUUCUCCGGUCGGACUGUCACCGCUGUCACAAGAGAAUGAAGGCCCGGUGACCGGAACGUGAGACCGACGGACAUCGUUGACAAGUGCAGUAGCCGCGGUCGAUGUCAGAGGCAGUCCGCUAUUUCACGCAGAUGGUGAACUCCGGAGUCAAGGCCUCGAGAGCAUGUGGCAGUGCUAGACGCCCAACUGCUC